GUCACUGCCAUUUACCUGAUCAACAUUCUUCGGCGACGGCAUUGCCGAAAGGUACAAAAUAAUAUCUACACGUUUGUCUCUGCAAGGUGAAUUCCCUCUCACGUAGAGUUACUUUACACGCGGCGCACCACAACGAGGCAUUAAUAAUCCUGUUUUCCGUGCAUUACACAUAAUACAGUAGGCAACAGAAGACACCGUCAAUUUACUUGCACAUUAGUCGCGGCCAAUUCGCUCUUUGAAAUUUCUUUGUUAUUUACCGUCUUGUUGCUGCCAUGCCUGCCCCUGACUCCAACGUUGCCGCCGUGGCUCCCACCGCCGUCGCCCCUAAGCGGCCCAGCGGCCCGACCGCCUCCGGUCUCCACGGUGCAGUGCUGGAUCGCAUUAACGACAUGAUCGCCUCCGGCGACUUCGACGUCCUCUUUCACGCGUUAAAAGGGUUCCGUAACGGCGUGGUGUACGGCACCCGCGUGCGAGCCCCGCAUGCCCUCGUGCUAAACCUGGUCUGGAGCAAAUCGCCGUACAGCUCGAUGCCGGCGAAGAUCUUCAAGGUGACGAAGACCCACGCGCUGGGCCUCGGCUACAGUGCGGCUCUCUUUGCUGUGGUGCGGGGUCUGCUGCGGCACAUGCAGGGCACGACACGCGUGUGGCACAACGCACUGGCCGGCUUUCUGAUUGGUGCGUGCUUCUGGGGUGACUCGAACAACGGAGUCCACAUUCAGAUGAUGAUGUACAUCUUAGCUCGCCUCAUCUGUGGACUCUACCACCUCAUCACGGCCAAGCUGGCCAUCUCGGUUCCCUCGUACGCGUACCGCGUGUACAUGGGCGGCCUGUGGAGUCUUGUGAUUCUGUUCCUUUCGUACUCGCCGGACCAGCUGCAGGCGUCCAUGAAGCAGUCGCUGCAGUACAUCUUCGAGGAGAGCAACAAGUUCAGCAACUGGUAUGACGUGUUUGUGAUGAACUCGGCCGACUCUCUGGUAGGGGGGGGGGGAAGCAGAAUAGCAGCUCUUUAA